AUGGCAAAUGCUGAACUAACAUAUGAACAAAUCUAUUUAAAAGUAAAAAAUGGAUUUACUGGUGAUUCAUCAAUAUGGGAUCGAACAUAUGAAUAUAUACGUCUUCAUCCAAAAGAUUUAUUUUUUAUAACACCACAUCGUAUUUGGUCAAUUGGACAUCAAAUAAUUUAUCAUGGGAAUUUAAAAUUAUUUCAACGUUUAUUAGAAUUAUACAAUGACAAAGAUAAUCUAAUAGAUAUACAUUCAACAACAAAAGAUAAACCACAUGGAAAAACUAUUCUUGAUAUAGCUAAUGAACGAAAAGAAUAUUAUAAAGAUCAAUAUGAUUAUAUUAAACGUUUAUAUGAUCAAGAUAAAUUUAUUGAAGCAUGUAGAAAAGAAGAUUGGCCAACUAUUGAUGCUAUAUUAGAAAAAGAUCCAACAUUAAAAAAUGAAAAACCACCAUAUUGUUCAAAUUAUUUUAUACAUAUAUUAGUUUAUUAUGGUGAUAUUAGAAAAUUUGAUGAAUAUAAUAUACAAAAUCAACCAUUUCGACUUGAUUUACAAAAUGUUGAUGGUAAAACAGGUCUCGAUUUAGCAAAAGAAACAAAAAAUCAAGAUUUUAUAACUGAAAUAGAACGAUUAUUAAAACCUGUACGUGAACGAGGAUCUAAGAAAGAAUAUCAUGUUCGUGAAGAAGAAUUACGAGAGUAUUCUCCUCAUACUCGUACAGAGAAUAAUAAUCAAUCUACUGUACCAUCAAGAACAACAACACAAUUAGUACAACCACCAGCACUACCAUUAGUACAACCAUCACCGUUGUUAACACAACCACCAGUACGACAAUCAGAACCAAGACCAGUACAACCACCGCCACAGUCAACACAACUACCAGCACGACAAUCAGAAUCAACACUAGUACAACCAACACCAACGGGAGUAUCACCUCAAGUAUUGAAAAGUUUAACAUGUAAAUUAACAAAAAAAAUAUUUGUUGAUCCAGUUAUAGCAAGCGACGGAAAAACAUAUGAACGCAGUGCCAUUCGACAGUAUCUUACUGAUAAUCGUUUUUCACCACAAACAGGUGAACCAAUGAACGACGAAUUUACUGAUGAUAUAGCAACUACAGAUCUCAUACGUACACUUCGAAAACAAAAUAAACUUCCAUAA